UGCCUCCUCCCCUCAAGGACAGGGUGAGGGGAGGGAGAACAGAGGGGACGGCCCACCCACGGAGAGCCCCCUAGGGAGCAGGAGGGACUGGGCAAUGUCCAUCCAUUCAUGGUCCAACUUCAUUUAUGUAUUCACCUCUCCACUGUGCUUCCAGCCAGGGAGCUGGCAAACAGGAGGCACUCAAUACAUGCUGGUUGUAUUAAAUCAGGGAGAUAGACACAAAAGUGGGCAGUGACACAAGCCAGGAUUAAUGUCAGUAAGGGACAACGCUGGAGGUCAGGGAAGCCUUCUUGGAGGAGGUGUUGCCAAGUCUUAAAGGAUAGCGAGGAGUGAGUCCUGGGAAGACAGGGGACAGAGGGGAUGGAAGAGGGAAUGGCCUGAGCAAAGGCUGAGAGGUGAGACAGGGGCACUCACAAAGGCUGGGAUGAGCAGAUGGAGGAGGAGAGAGCAGCAGGGAGCCCCUGUGUUGAAUGAAUGAAUGAAAGGCUUUGAAGCACGGGUGUGACCAGGGUGCUCUGCCUCUUAGAAAGAUGGCUCUCGUGGCUGGUGGACUGUGAAUUUCACCUGCUGAAAGGCCCAGCAUAGAGUUGUUGACAAGUGAUAAAAAUAAUAGCAAAGGGGAGUACUGACUGAGCACUUCGCAUCGGCAGGGCUGGAGGAGUUAAAAGUGUUGACUGAUUACAGCCUCACGGUGACCCCAUGACCCCACAAGAGAAAGCCUAUUAGGUAUCCUCCCCAUUUUACAGAAAAGGACACUGAGAUACAGAGUGAUGAAGUCACUUGCCAGGUUCACAAAGCAAGCAGCUGGGAUUUGAACGCUGGUCACCUGGAGCCAGAGCCUGAGCUCUGAGAUGCCCCUAAUUAUGGCCCGUGGUUCCACAGCUGACCCACCAGAGGACAUGAAGCAGGACCAGGACAUCCAGGCGGUGGCAACCUCCCUCCUGCCACUGACAGAAGCCAACCUACGCAUGUUCCAACGCGCCCAGGAUGACCUGAUCCCCGCCGUGGACCGGCAAUUCGCCUGCCCCUCCUGUGACCAUGUCUGGUGGCGCCGUGUGCCCCAGCGGAAGGAGGUAUCCCGAUGCCGGAAAUGCCGGAAGCGCUACGAGCCGGUACCGGCCGACAAGAUGUGGGGCCUAGCUGAGUUCCACUGCCCGAAGUGUCGGCACAACUUCCGGGGCUGGGCACAGAUGGGGUCCCCGUCCCCCUGCUACGGGUGCGGCUUUCCCGUGUAUCCGACACGGAUCCUCCCCCCGCGCUGGGACCGGGACACACAGCGCCGCAGCACCCACACCCACUCCUGCUCGGCUGCCGACUGCUACAACCGGCGAGAGCCCCACGUGCCUGGGACAUCCUGUGCACACCCGAAGAGCCGGAGGCAGAACCACCUGCCCAAAGUCCUCCACCCCAGCAACCUCCACAUCAGCAGUGGCUCCACUGUGGCCACCUGCCUGAGCCAGGGGGGUCUCCUGGACGACCUGGACAACCUCAUCCUGGAGGACCUGAAGGAGGAGGAGGAGGAAGAGGGCGGGCACGGGGCGUGACCCCUGCCAGGUACAGAUGCAAACCAGACACGGUCUGUGGAUACUUUGUGUUGUUAUAAAAUAUGAGCUCAAACCAA